AUCAAGUUGGAGUACUUUCGAUCCGACGGAACCACUUCAAGGACUUAUAAAAUUCUUCACAUUUGUUGGAAUUUGGCCAAAAAAUUGGAAAUAUCGCUUCUCAUACAUCUUCUAUAGCAUUCUGUUCCAAUUUACGUUUUCGUAUGCAUACACAGCCACUGAGAUUGGCAAUAUCUUGUACGCACCGAAUAUGAGAGUAUUGACGGAACAAAUUUUUGUGGGAUUGGCAGAAAUAUCGAUGUGCAUCCGGAUGACUAAUUUCGUGUAUCAUUUUGACGAGGCCUCAAAUUUCUUGAUCACAAUAAAGUCCUUUAAACUGCGCAACCAACAGGAAUACGACAUAUUUAAAAAGAGAUUGGCUUUAUUCUCAACGAUAAUGAAAUUUUAUCUCACUUGUGCUUCAUUUGCAAUCACAUUUUCAUGUGUUGCGCCGAUGUUUGAUGAUAAACUUCGAUUGCCUUAUCCGGGAUGGUCUAUUUGUGAUUGGAGAAGCAAUAUGACCUGCUACUACAUGCAGUACACCUACCAAUUUGUCGGCGUAAUAUUCUUAGCGCAUACAUUGGUUCGAUUAGAAAAUUACCAAAUCUACUGUAUGAUUUGUGCUGCAGCCAAACUCGAAAUAUUAGCAAUGAGAUCAUGUAAGAUUGGAUACAAUAAAAAUAACAAAUUGACGGAUCAGCAACGCGAUUCGGAAAAUUUAGCUCUGCUGCUGGAAAAUAUUAAAACUCAUAAAUUUGUCAUGAAAUAUGUGGCAGAUGUGGAAAGAGUAUUCAGCAUUCCGUUCUUAUUUCAACUUUUUUGUAGCAGUGCCAUUUUCUGUCUAACUGGAUUUCAAUUAAUAAUUAUGGAAAACGGAUCUGAUGACAAUCUAUUACUGGCCUAUUACUUCUCGUUUUCUUGCACAAUGCUUAAUGAGAUAUUUUUACCAUGCUAUUUCGGCACAAUUCUCACCUCAACCAAUGAAAGUGUAUCAAAGGCAAUAUAUUCAUCGAAUUGGCCAGAUCUAUCGCAGUCAUUCAAGAACACAAUGAUCAUAUUUGUCGAACAGCUGCAGAGACCAAGGAUUAUGAAAAGUGGAAAAAUUUUCACAUUAUCGUUGAUCAGCUUUUUAACAGUGAUUAAUCGUUCGUACAGUAUGUUCGCGGUGCUCAGGAGUUUGAUAAAAUAAAGUUUUUGGUGAAUCGAAUCGAGUUCUGAACUGACAAUUUGGAAAUGAUUUUGAUUUUAUAAAAAUGUUUUUAAAGAUUGUUCACUAAUGUAAAUG